GAUCCUGAUCCUUCUUUGCCAGUGCUGCUUCUAGCGGUUUUAUACUUCUGUGAGGACCAGGAUGAGCUGCACUACCAGGACACUGACUCGGAUGUGCCGGAGCAGCGGGACGGCAGGUGCAAAGUCAAGUGGACACAAGAAGAGGACGAGCAGCUGAAGAUGUUAGUCAGACAUUAUGGGCAGAAUGACUGGAAGUUCCUGGCCAGUCACUUUCCUAACCGCAGCGAUCAGCAGUGUCAGUACCGGUGGCUCAGGGUGCUGAAUCCAGACUUGGUUAAGGGCCCAUGGACCAAAGAGGAGGACCAAAAGGUGAUUGAGCUGGUUAAGAAGUACGGCACCAAGCAGUGGACGCUGAUCGCCAAGCACCUGAAGGGGCGGCUGGGGAAGCAGUGCCGCGAGCGCUGGCACAACCACCUGAACCCCGAGGUGAAGAAGUCCUCCUGGACAGAGGAGGAGGACCGCAUCAUUUUCGAGGCCCACAAGGUGCUGGGCAAUCGGUGGGCAGAGAUUGCCAAGCUGCUGCCUGGCAGGACUGACAACGCUGUGAAGAAUCACUGGAACUCCACCAUCAAGAGGAAGGUGGACACUGGAGGUUUCCUCAGUGAAACUAAAGAGUCCAAGGCGCUGUACGUGCUGGUGGAGGUGGAUGACCAAGAGAGCCAAAGUCAAACCAACGCUGGCAGCCAGAGAGUGCUGCCCAGCUGGCCAGUCAAUGUCUCUGAAAUAAAGGAAGAGUAUGGCAGUGAUGAGGAAGUGACAGGCGUUCAGGAGCUACCUGCCGAGCUGCCAGCUGCUGACCUGGCAGAGACCAGCCCUGAGGAUGCAGUGCCUGAGGAUGCCUCUUCCUCUGUCACCUCACCCUACAAGUGGGUGGUUGAAGCUGCCAGCUGUUUGUACCCAUCAUCUGUGCCAGCCUUCACUGAAGCUCUGGACAUGAUUGAAUCUGACCCGGAUGGGUGGUGUGACCUGUCCCAGUUUGACCUGCCUGAGGAGCCCUCUGCUGGCAGCAGCAGCGGCAGCAACAGCCCCGUGAGGCAGAGCCCCAGCAAGGCGGCGCCGUCCCUGCCCAACGUCACCGAGUACCGCCUGGACGGCCACACCAUCUCCGACCUGAGCAAGAGCAGCAAGGGGGAGCUCAUCCCCAUCUCUCCCCACGCCGAGGGGAGCUUUGGCACGCCCCCCUCCGUGCUGAAGAGGCAGAAGAAGAGGAAGUUCUCCCUUUCCCCUGUCACAGAGAGUGCCACCAGCACCAGCCUCUCCUUCCUCGACUCCUGCAACAGCAUGACGCCCAAGAGCACCCCUGUCAAGACGCUGCCUUUCUCUCCAUCUCAGUUCUUAAACUUUUGGACCAAACAGGAUACACUGGAACUGGAGAACCCAUCUCUGACCUCCACUCCUGUGUGCAGCCAGAAGGUGAUUGUCACCACCCCUCUGCACAGGGACAAGACCCCUCUGCUCCAGAAGAACUCGGCGUUUGUCACACCAGAUCAGAAGUAUGUGGUGGACAACACCCCUCACACCCCCACACCCUUCAAAAAUGCCCUGGAGAAAUAUGGCCCAAUUAAGCCUCUGCCCCAGACUCCUCACCUGGAAGAAGACUUGACAGAGGUGCUUCGAAGUGAAGCUGGCAUUGAGCUUAUCAUAGAGGAUGAUGUGAAGCCUGAGAAGCAGAAGAGGAAACAAGGGCUGCGCAGGAGUCCCAUCAAGAAGGUCAGGAAGUCUCUGGCCCUGGACAUUGUGGAUGAGGACAUGACACAGAAUGUGCCUGCCCUGCCCAAGACUGUCUGCUUCAAAAGGAGCCAGCCUGUGAAUUUCCUGUCGAGGUCCCUGAGCCUCUCCUCCUCCAGCAGGAAGAAUGACAGUGGCUUGCUCAACAGGGCCUUUGUGCAAGUGCAGCCAGAGAAAAUGUCCUGCAGGAAAAUGCCAAGCCACUUCAGACCACCAGCACCAAUGACCAGGGCUUGGAAAGCAGUAGCCUGUGGUGGAACCCAAGACCAACUCUUCAUGCAGGAGAAAGCUCGACAGUUUCUGGGCAUGCUGAAACAGAGUCACACAUCAAGGACCUUAAUCUUGUCAUGAAGGAUUGUUCUGCCUUGUUUGGGUCUGGGUUUGCUUUUGCCUUAAUUUUAUUUUAUUGCUUUAAAGGAGGUUUGGUGGUUUGGUUUUUUUUUGGUUCCUGUUUUAUUUUGUCCUGAGGGAAGGGGGAACCACAGAAGAAACAACCUCUGCCAGGCUGUGGGGUGUGAGGUGGAGUUUCCCCUUCUGCUCCCAGGGUAGAUGGCUUUGUUGUAAUAGCUGGGGCUAAGUGCUGGCUAGUGUGUGGAAUGCAAGGCUGGGGCUCCUGAUGCCCAGGCAGCCAAGGGAGGGCUGGAGAGCCAGCAGCAAGACCUGGCUGGGCUACAGCAGAAGCACUCAGCAGCCUGGAGCAGCCUGUGCCCCUCCCAGCCUGCCUGGAUGUCCUGCUGGCUGCUCUGGUACCUCAGGAAUGGCUUUUGUGAGGGCUCCUGCAUGUCUUGUGGAUGGAGUGGCUCCCUGCUCCUCUAGGAGGAGGGAAGGAGAUGUGCUUUGGGGUGCCCCAUGCUUGAAGCUGGCCCCUGGCUCCGUGUGGGCUGUGCUGUGCAGCAGGUGUCUCUCCUCAGGGCUGUGCCUCCCCCCCACCCCCCAAAAUAAA